UUAAAGCAAACACGCCACUAAAGCUUCUUUUUCAAAAGGACUAAUUGAAGGCGUAAAAUAUGUUCAUGCUCUUUAACAACAAUCACUAGAUUUUUUUUUUUUGUGUGCAACCAAUCACUAGAUUAUAAGAACUCGUAUAUAUUAAUAAGUCCAGUGUCAUCUCCAUCUAUGGCAUAUACUAAUAAGCUAGAAUGUCAGGGAACUGUAAUCUGGUCACUCUUCUUGGGGCAUUAUUGGUACUAACCAUCUUCCAUAAUCAGGUUAUUGUUGAUACCAACCGCGGCGAGGGUAUUCCAGUGGUAGGACUGUUCACUUUCGGAGACUCCUACUUUGACGCUGGAAACAAAUUGUUUCUCACCGAAAACCAAAAUCCUCCCCAAAGCAAAUGGCCAUAUGGAAAAUCCCGAGAUGACCCUAAUGCUGAAUUCAUGGGCAUUACGAAAGAGAUCCCACCAGCGUUUAAACCUGGCGUUGAUAUUUCACGUGGAGCCAGUUUUGCUGUCGCCGAUGCUUCUAUUCUUCCCGGAACAUUCAUGACACUAACUCAGCAAGUGGAUAAAUUUAGAAGUAUGAAAUCAAACUGGACGGACGAUUUCAUUGGAAAGUCAUUGUUUAUGAUUUACAUUGGUACAGAAGAUUACUUAAACUUUACCAAGAGCAAACCCAAUGCAGACGCCUCUGCUCAGCAAGCUUUUGUCAUUUCCACUAUUAACCAAUUGAAGAACGACAUCAACUUCCUAUACUCUUUAAAAGCGAGUAAAUUUGCCAUUCAAUUGUUAGCACCAUUGGGUUGCCUACCAAUAUCGAGACAAGAAUAUAAGACAGGCAGCGAGUGUCACGAGCCGCUCAACAAUCUGGCCAAACAACACAAUGAGAAGAUUGGUCCAAUGUUGAACGACCUUGCUAAAAAAUCCCCCGGUUUACAAUUCACCAUCUUCGAUUUCUACAACGCCGUUCUACGUUGGACACGUAGGAAUCUCAACUACACAGGGUUUUAUGUCGUUCAGCCUAUGACCCUUCGUGAGCUCAUUGUCUAUCCUUUUAACGAGCCUAUGCGUGAGUAUUGGCAACCAAACAAUUCCAGCAUCACAACUGAUGGUUAAAGACGACUAUACAACACAAUCAGAAAUCGAGAUAAACAAUAUUACCCCGUAUCGGGGAAGUUUUUGUUGUUGUUGUUAAAUCGAUCGAAAUUUACUAGAUCAAUCAAUCGUUCGAUCUUAUUGGAUAUUGUGUUAUGCAAGCCGGUCCACCGGUCCAUUAUUAUCAUAAGUCUUCACUCUUAAUCCAUGUCAACCGAGGAAGAGACAAUAUACUCAAGCACAGCUCUGUAGACAAUCGAGGAGAAUAUAUUCCUUGGGAAGUAAGAAAGAAGGACAGAAGUUCUAUAGUAGA